CCGUUGCCCACCGUGUGUUCCCCUACUGCCAUUCCUCUGUCCCUCGACUCCGGCGACGACCUCCGUUCUGCCUCGAGGACCCUAAUAAUUUCUACCCUCUCUCUCUCUAUUGUGGGGUGUCUCGAAUGGCCUCCAUUCCAUCCGUAUCCUUCGCCUCGCCUUGUAGGCAAGCUGCCGAGAGGAGGCCGACCCUUGCUGUUGCGGAAGCAUCCUUCGCCCUUGGCGGAUUUCGAGCCGGAGUCCCUAGGCUCAGCUCCCGGAUGGUCGUCCGCUGCGUGGCUGCCGCAAGUUAUGUGCCACCCACCGUAUCCGAGACAAAAUUCAAUUUUCUCAAAUCAUACAAGCGGCCAAUUCCAAGCAUAUACAACACUGUGUUGCAGGAGUUGCUUGUACAACAACAUCUGAUGAGAUACAAAAGGACCUACCAGUAUGAGGCUGUUUCUGCACUCGGCUUUGUGACUGUUUAUGAACAAUUGAUGGAAGGGUAUCCGGACAGUGAGGAUCGAGAUGCCAUCUUCAACGCAUAUAUCCAGGCAUUAAAGGAAGAUCCUGAUCAGUACAGAAGUGAUGCAAGAAAGCUCGAAGAGUGGGCUCGAGCUCAGACUGCUGUUUCCUUAGUAGAGUUUUCAUCCAGAGAAGGAGAGAUAGAAGGCACUUUGAAAGAUAUAUCAGAGCGAGUGGAGGGUAAGGGAAAUUUUAGCUAUAGUCGAUUCUUUGCAAUUGGACUGUUUCGUCUACUUGAGCUGGCGAAUGCAACUGAACCUGCAGCCUUGGAAAAGCUUUGCGCUGCAUUGAAAAUAAAUAAGCGCAGCGUGGAUCGAGAUCUUGAUGUAUACCGCAAUAUUCUAUCAAAAUUGGUUCAAGCCAAGGAGGUUUUGAAGGAAUAUGUGGACAGGGAAAAGAAGAAAAGAGAGGAAAAGGUGGAAUCUCAGAACGCUAGUGAGACCGUUACAAAGUGCACAGGAGAUUUCCAUUUUGUGAGUCACUAAUUUGCUACUUCAUGUCAUUGAGCCAUGCCAAUGCUUGUUUGACAAAGCUUGAACCUGGUCAGUACUUUUUCUUACUUGAAGCACGGAAGAAGCUUCACAUGUGUUGUAUAUGGCAAUACUUUUCAUGUCUGAAAUGUGUUAUAUUUUGACACAAGGCUCAAGAUUCACAAGAUGUAUUCAGCUGCUCCUUUUCAUUUAUCCCUUGUACAAUUAUAUUCAAUCAACAUCUUGUACCAAAAAAAUUACUCAGCAUACUAGUAGAGGCUGUCUAAGUGUUUCUCACUCAAUUCAAUAUUAUCAUAAUAUACUUACCUCUUCA